AUGGGUAAUGGAAUCUCUGACAACUAUGAAAACAUAAAUCCUUUAUUUACAUUAGACUUUUGGAAUGUACACUCUGCCAACAAAAAAGAAACGGGAGAAAAAGUAUCAUUAUGGGUGAUUGAUCAAGAUAAAUUAAAGAAAUCUGUUUCAAAGAAAGCAGAUCGAGAAAACUAUCUAAAAUCUUGUAUGGACUCUAUACAACAAAUGCGGCGACUGAUGCAUCCUCAUAUCUUAAAGAUUUUCGAAUUUAAUGAAAAUAUAUCACAGCUUGCCUUUGCAGCAGAACCCGUACAGUAUUCUUUCCAAUAUGAAGCAAACUUUUCAAUGGAUGAAGUUCAAUAUAUUGCUCUACAACUCGCUGAAACUUUCGAAUUUUUACAUACAGGAGCCAAGAUUUCAUAUCUAGGUCUUUCACAAUCAACAGUAGUCCUUACCAAAUCAUUUGAUGUCAAAUUUUGCCAAUUUAAUUUUGCAUCUCCGAUUAUAAAUGAACAAGGACUUGUAGGAAGCAGAAUCGGAGCAUUUGCUAACUUACCAACACAACCAAGCAUUUCAUUUUGUUCACCAGAACUUGUUGGAAACAAACAAAUUACUACUACAUCAGAUGUUUUUUCAUAUGGCAGCUUACUUAUCUCAAUGCUACUUAAAAGGAUUGCUUUCAGUCCAUCAAACUCUCAAGAUCUUGUUGCGCAAGCUCAAACCGCACCAAUGCAGAUUCCUCCUAACACUCCUGCAGAAUUAAAAGAUUUAUUACUACAAUGCUUAAACAUUGAUCCAAACCAACGUCCAGACUUUUCAACCAUUGCUAAAUGCAACGCAUUCCUAUCAAUGGAAUCAAGAAUUUUCAAGUAUCUCGAUCUAAUUAUUACAAAAGACCAAGCAGACAGAUUCCAGUUCUAUAAGAACCUUCCCAAUGCAUUACACUUAUUUUCUGGACGUAUGCUUCGCUACAAAUUCGCUCCUUUGUUCAUAAAAGAAGUUCAAGAUGAAAUCAAGUACGGACCAAUCCUUAUUCCACUCACUGUCAAAGUAGCAAUGACCAUGGACCCAUCGGACUUCUAUAACGAAGUCAUUAUCCCUCUAGGACCUGCUCUUACUUGCACAAAUCCUCCGGAAGUUUUAGUUUCGGUUUUUUCUGUCAUUGAAGACAUUUUUUCAAAGAUUUCCAAUGACAAAACAUACGAUGUUGUAUAUCCUAUAUACAUGAGUGCCCUGCAGAGUGGUGUUCGCAAACUUAUGCUUGAAGCAAUCAACAAAAUGCCUCUUUUGAUUUCUCAUCUUUCUAAUUCGACAAUUCAAACGAAUCUGCUUCCGAAAUUGGGCGAAUUCAUUUCUAAUUCAUCAGAUGUACAGUCAAUCAUUGCUUGCAUACAAUGUUUGACUUUCGCUGUUGAUAAAGUAGACCAAGAUUGGUUUGCAUCGACCAUUUUGCCAAAACUUUCUGAAGCUGUUGUUAAAAGGCCAACAACUGUUGAUUUGGCUGACCCAAUGGCAGAGAUUCUUGAGAAACUGAGGGCAACAAUAGAUGCAGGACUUAAACAAGUCAUUCCUCUCGCAUCUUUGUUGUUGGCGAACAACCAGAUUGACGUGCAAGUUCAAAUGAGAUUGUGCAACUCUAUAACAAAUGUUAUUGAGAAAGUAAAGAGAGAUAGAAAACUGGCGGAAGGAGGAACAAAGAAGCCAGUUAAAUGGGGAUCAAAGGACCAACAGCAGCCGGAAAUGUCUGCAAGAGAAAUGCUACAAAAAGCAACUGCUCCUCAACCGAAAACUCCUUCAAUUGAUGAUGAUUCAACAGCUGACAUUUUUGGAACACAGCAACAGAAUAUUCAGGGAAGACAACAACAGCAAAAUGUACAGAGACCUCAAGUACUUCCUAAAGCUGCUCCUCAAUCAGCUGCACAGGCAUUGGCUGCUGCUUCUCAACAACAAAGAGUUGUUCAGCAACAACAACAAGUUCAACAACAACAACAAGUUCCUCAAAAUGAUAGUAAUGAAGAAUUUGUUAUUGAACAAGCACCUCCACAACAACAACCUCAGCAAAAGAAACCAUCAUCGAUGUUCUCUGGCCUAAGUGUUAAUUCUAGUCAACAAAGUCAUAAGCCAAAUGCUUGGAAACGACCUAAUAAGUAA